GCAGUAACCGUCUCAACCGCCACACAUUUUAGAGAGAGAGAGAGAGAGAGAGAGAGAGAGAGAGAGAGAGUCUUUCUGGGUAAUAGGAGAAAUGAAAUUAUUGGGGGUUUUGGAUUCUAAUUGUUGUGUAAGCAAGUAGAAUUUUUAGUGGGUGUGUAGUACUAGUAAAUGAAACCAACGGGUAAUAAUCGUGGUGAAAUUCUAGAAAUUGGGGAUGAAAUAAAGAAGGGGCCAUGGAACGCAGAGGAAGAUGAAGUACUGGUAAGGCAUGUGAACAAGUACGGUCCAAGAGAUUGGAGCUCCAUUCGAUCCAAAGGCCUUUUGCAGCGCACUGGCAAGUCCUGUCGACUCCGUUGGGUUAACAAACUCAGACCCAAUUUGAAGAACGGGAUGAAGUUUUCAGCAGAGGAGGAGAGGAUGGUGAUAGAACUACAGGGGCAAUUUGGGAACAAAUGGGCAAGAAUUGCCUCAUGUUUACCGGGGAGGACAGACAACGAUGUCAAGAAUUUUUGGAGUAGCAGGCAAAAGAGAUUGACAAGGAUUCUGCGAACACCAUCAACACCAAGAUCCUCGUCAUCCAAAUUGCGCACCACUAACGCAGUUGAUGUUCUUCAGUCUAACUUGCCAACACUCAUAGAGGCACCAAAGUUGAGUUCUUCACCAGUGUCGGAGGAGCCAUCCUCCUUAAUUGACAACGAUUCCCAAAUGAUCAAGAUUGUACCACAACCUGAUCGUAUAAAGUCCGAUUUGAUCAGGUGCGACCAACAGCUUCUUGAUCAAAGUGAUUUCCACCUGGCUGUUGCGAAGAAUCUGGUCGAUGAUUCACACCCACAAUUUACUUUCCCUUCAAUUCCAGACCUCCAACAGGAUUUUCCACCGGCAUUCGCAAAUGAAGUCCCAAUCAACUUUCUAGACGAGUUUGGAAAUGUUGAUGCUUCUGAGAUUGGAAACAUAGCACAGUUCCCAUUUGCGCCAUCAUAUUUAGGACCGUGUUUGGGAGGAAAUUGUGCCAGUGCUGGGAGGGGAAGAAAUGCAAAUUCUGCGAUUUUCCCGGAUGGAUUCUUCUGCGAUUUCCCAGCAGAUAUAUUCGAUCAUAUGGAGCCAAUUCCGAGCCCAUCAGAGUGGGGAUGACUUGUUAUGGAGCAGAAGUGUUUGGGGUUUCCCUGUGGUUGUAGGAAAAAGCAAAACAAUUCCUUCUGUUUUAGUGUUCUUAGCUGAAGAUUGGACAAAGUGUUUUUAUGGUUUUUGUAGUUCUUUCUACUACUCUACUUUAGAGUACUCGAUUCAAUGAUGUGAAGUUGAUUGAAUUUUUUUUUUUU